AUGUUUCUGGAGGAAGUAUUUGGUAGUUGUGCGGCCCUUUUCUCCAGUUUGAUCAUUCAAACACCGCCGAUAUCCCGAGAAAGGGAAUAUACGUUGAUAUCCGUGCAAAACCCUGAACAAGACGAAGUAUAUGAUGGCUUAAUACACCGUGAGUAUGAACAAGAAGCACCGACCGAGGUACCUUAUUAUGAAGAUGGAACGUUUGUUUCCAUGCAAGCUGACACAAGGCGAAAUUCCUUCGAAUCAUUUAUCCGAAGUUUGAAGGCAAAUGUCGGAUUAAUAACGGCGGUUGUUGUCAUAUUAGGUUCGCUUACAGUUGGAGUCGUCUACGUGGACUUGAAUUCAAAUGACGCAUGUAUAGAAUGGAUGCACAAAAAUCUUAGUGUUCCAGCGCACGUGCAGAUAUUACGGAUUGUUGGAAUGUCUGUCAAAUUACUGCCGUUGUUUUCAUGGUUUCCAGCAUGCAUCGCCUUGUUGUGGGGUUUCAGAGAGUUUAAAAAAAAUUACUUUGCGUGUUUAUUUUUCUCCGCCUUUAUACCAGGAUCCAUAACUUGUGCUUAUAGAAUUAUUAUGAUUGAUAAAUUUAGAAAACUCGCUUACAACCCAUACAGGUUAGUACAUAUAGUAAACUGGUUUAUACUAGCAUAAAUACUAGUUUGCAAAUGUUCUAUAAAAUCUUGUUGAAUUUCACGACAGCCAGUGGGCUAAACUCUAGAAUAGUCGGAAUCAAUUUACUCUUUUGGAAAGAAUCAAUUUAAUCUUUUGAAAAGAUUUUCUGAAACAGGAUGUUGAUUGGGCAUCUGCAAGUCUGUAAUAUUUUGUAACGCAUGGCAAAAAAACUUGCUCUUUCCCUUCUUUACCUAGUUAAAAUUGUUUGACACCUCUCGUGGAACUUGACGAGGCAAGCGCUAUUACUAAAUAAAGUUUUACAUUGAUUCAGUUAUUACUAUAGGGAGGGAGGGAGGGAGGGCAGUUGGCACUUUGCGAAGUUUCGUCAUUUUUUGUGACAAGAUUCUUUGGGUUUUACUUUUAUAGAUUACUAGACAAUUUUCUAUUUAUGUCUUCUAUUGGCUGUGGUGCUUACAUAGUUGCUCGUAAAUUCAAGAAAGUCAACUCGACAACAUCGUACAGUGUUUUCCGCAUUUUUUUCAUCCUUUCGUUCGCUUUCCUAAGUUCCUGCUUAUUUGCCUACAUCUACACGUUUAUUAUCAUGAAGUAUUUUAGAGAAACUGAAGGCAAAAUAAAGAAAGCCAUAAUCGCCGCACUCACACCCGGAAUAAUCUUCCCAAUGACUGCAUUUGUAAAAUACAUUGUUCUAAGAAAGAGCUCGGAGAUUAUUACACCAGAUCGCGCUUUUGUGUUGUGUUAUUUCCUACGCGGGGGUGCAAUUGUGCUAUACCGAACUAUGCAGUCCGGUUUUCAAGAUAUCUGGCUUUUCGUUGGUUUAUCACUGUUACAUGGUAUCUCAAACGCUCUGAGUAAGGCAACUCUUAACCUUCGUAUAAAACUUUGGAGGUCUGUCGUAAAAUGUGUUAAUAGAAUAUGCUGUGGACCAAGAUUGGAAGUACAGCCCUUAAAUUCGCCACGUAUUCGUCGAUUCAACGCAGAUCUUGAAAUUCAGAAUAUCUUAUUCGAAUACACCACGGUCAUCUUAAGUCAGGCGUAUUUAGCAUGUUAUCUUGCAAUGAGCUACGAUGUUCCGUCCUGGCAAGUGAUAAAAGCUUCCUUAAUCCGGGUAGCAAUAAGUUUGGCCAUAGAUUUUGCAUUCAAUAUCAUGUCUGUGUUCAUUCAGAUUCACUUUUAUGACAUUCCGAUGCAAAAGAUUUGGAUGAAAUACUGGAGACGACAUGUCAUUGCUAACGCUAUCAUGAUCAUCAUUUAUGUUGCAUAUUUUGGUACAGUGCUCAUCAGGGUGUUCGUAGAUAACUAUACUUUGAAAGAAUACAAACUUAGAAAUUGUACAACGAUAUUUUAA